AGAAAAAUUUCUUGAUUGAUUUGUUAAAUCUAAAUGAUUUAGAGAUGCCAGAAAUUGAGAUUUGGGAUUCGCUUGUGAAAUGGGGAAUUGCACAAAUGGAAGAUGGCCCGUUAACGGAAAGGUUGAGAACCGGAAUUGCAAAAAUUCGGAGAAGUUGUGCAAGACUGCAUACGACAUAUCCGCUUUUUCCAAAUUCCAAGUGA